AUGUGCAUCGAGGCGGCGCUCCGGGAGAAUGAUUUCGAGACCGCCUACUCUUACGUUGUGAGCCGCCUCUCGCCCACGUACCAACAGCCUAGCGUGCCGCAUCGACAAGGGUUUGAAGACAACUGGUCCUGGAGUGCCGCGCUGCAAGCAGGUCAGUACAUUCGAACUACUAGCACUAUCCGCCCAACCCAUCUAGGCACUGCGAAUGGCAACCUAGAAAUUCGCCAUUUAGAGCAACGAGUGGAGUGCCUAGCCACAGCUCUGCGGAUAGCUCCCCCUUCGCAGCUCCAUGAAAUACUCAAGACUUUUCGUCGCUGUGAAGAGCAGCUUGAUUUUGCUAUCAGGGAUGAGGCUACGAGGAACGCAGCAUGGGAUACUACUCGAGACCUGCAUUCACCUCUGAUCCCUGGGGCUUUCACAUCUAGUGUUGGGGCACACAGCAUCUCGGCGACGAGUCCCGCGACGCACGAAACCGAAGAUGUACCGAUGUCUCUAUUUGAUUUAUCGCGGGCAACAGCAAGGGUUGCUCAAAGAAAUCUUGGCGUUCUGUCGAGUAUUGGUCAUGGCAGCGAGGAUCGCGGGCCGAGUAUAGCUAAAACACUGCCAGAUGAGCCAAAAAUCGAAAACGGGAUCAAUUUCGAGAAGCAGCUGUGGGAACUCUUGUUUCUGGUGUUGGAUGGUUGA